UAAAAUAUAAUUGAAACUCAAAAAAUGUCGACUAGUUUUAAAUUUUUGGUCAUUUUUAUUACAUUUUCUUCAAUAACGCAAGCAGAUAGUUUAUUAACACAAGAUCAAGUUGAUGUUGAAUGUGCUUUUAGAAAUUCUUUAUGUGAUUUGAAUCUCAAGCGUCCAUGUUGUCAUAUAAGAGACGUUUGCAUGCCAAGUGGGCCGGAAAAUCUCUUCAGAUGCACUGAAAAAGUCGGAUUAGGAAAGUUCUGUUAUCGUGAUGAUGAAUGCGAUGAAAUCCAGCACGCGAAAUGUUCAAAAGAUAAAAAGUGCGUUUGUAGAGCUAAGAAUGUUCAGAUAAGUGAAAUGUUAUGUAGGCCGCAAGUGGGAGGAUUUUGUUGGAGAAAUGAGACUUGUAUAACGAACAAUUCUGUUUGCAUUGAUAAUGAGUGUAAAUGCAAAAAUAAUUACACUUUAAGAUUCAAUGAUCAAUGUAUUUUUGAUAUAUUAGGAGCUCAUUGUAAGAAUGACAUCCUUUGUCAACAAGUUAAAUUUGCAAAAUGUUCAACGGAUAACAAUACUUGUCAAUGCUCAUCAAAUACUGUUGCUGUCAACCCUACCUACUGUGCUGCAGUAAUAGGAGGAUUUUGUUGGACAAAAGAUGACUGUUUACCUCUGAAUUCUGAUUGCAUUGAUAAUAAGUGUCAAUGCGACGAUAUGUAUACAGCGGAGUCUAACGAAAAAUGCACGUUGGCCCUUAUCGGAAUGUCCUGUGAAGAAGAUUCUGAAUGCAGCCGUUUGAUACCAUUUUCAAAAUGCUCCAAAUUCAAAACAUGUAGUUGUAAAAAAAAUUAUUUGGCGCAUAAUUGGACAACAUGUUACCCAAGUACGGAGAUUAACGAAAAGUGCAUUGAUAAUAGUGUGCCAUGCAGGAAGAAAAACUUUGUUUGCAUCAACCACUUCUGUCAAUGCAAGCCCAAUUUUGUUUAUAAAAACUCUAAAUGCCUUCCUGAUCGGUUGUACGAAUCUUGCAACAGUACUUUUGAAUGUGACAAUAUAGAAAAUGCUAUAUGCUCAGAUGACAAUAUAUGUGUUUGCGAUAAAAAUUACGGUGCUUGGGAUGAAAAAUUUUGUAGACCAUUGCUCGGUGUAGAUUGUUCUACAGAUAAAGAUUGCUAUGCAAUCAAUUCGAUCUGCAUUGACAAAAAAUGUCAAUGCAAAAAACUCUUCUUCAAGGUUUCUGAAAAUUUAUGUUUGUCACAAAGAUUAGGAGAGACUUGCUUUAAUCAACAUGAUUGUGCGACAAUUCUGAACGCUGAAUGCACUGAGAACAAUGUAUGUGAAUGCGUGCCUGGGUAUGGUCAGUACAAUAUUACAACCUGUGCUCCAUUACUCGGCAUGGAUUGUUCGAGAGAUAAACUAUGUGCUCCAGUCAAUUCUGUCUGCUUGUUAAAUCAUAUCUGUGUGUGCGAGGAAGGACAUCAGCCAGAAACUAGUACCAAGUGUGUUUCAAACAAAUUGGUAAGGCAAUGUGAAGUAGAUGAUCAUUGUAAAGCAAUACUUAAUUCAAAGUGCGUAAAUAAUUUUUGUGUUUGUAACCACCACCACGUCCUAAUUGAUGGGUCAAUUUGUGCACCAUUAUUAAACGAAUAUUGCGAAGAAAAUCAACAAUGCGCUCCCGAAAAUUCGAUUUGUGUCGAUCAUAAGUGUGAAUGCAUGGAUGAUUACAAGAAACAUUUUAAUUACAAAUGUGUAUCAACAUUAGGACACUUCAAAAUAUCUUGCGAUAGAGAUGAUCAUUGCGCUGACAUUAAAUACGCAGAGUGCACAAAUGAUAAUAAAUGCGCGUGCAAAUCAGAUUACGUUCCUCUCGGUAAUGAUAAGUGCGUAGCACUUUUGGGUCAUUACUGCGAUGACGACAUGGAGUGCAUUUCUUAUAAUUCAGUUUGUUUUGAUCAUACGUGUAAAUGCAGGGAAAAAUUCUUGAUGCAGUCGGAGUAUCAAUGUGAUCCUAUUUCGCUGGGAAGAGUCUGUGAGAGGGAUCGUGACUGUGAAGUUGCGAUUAAAAAUUCUAGAUGCUCUGAAGAGAAAAUUUGCGUUUGCCAGAAUAAUUAUUACGCUUUUAACAAGGUUGGAUUCUUAUCUUUUGAAUGCGCACCUUAUUUAGAUGAACGUUGUAUAAGUAACGAUGACUGUCGGUUCAAUUUUUCUGCUUGUAUUAAUAAUCGAUGUCAAUGCGAACCUGGUUUCCGAUCUGUGUCUGGGAAUCAAUGCCAGAAAAUUCAAUCGUUGUAUACCUGCAAAGAAAAUAUCGAUUGUGGCGAUCCAUGGCACAACAAAUGUUCGGGUGAUAAAAAGUGUAUUUGCAACAAAAAUAAUACUGCAAUAAAUAAAUUCACAUGCCAGCCACUUUUAGAAGGCUAUUGUUGGGUAGAUCAUCAAUGUGUUACUAAUUAUUCAAAAUGUGUUGAUUAUAGGUGCAAAUGCUUACAAGGCUUCAAAGCUAUAUCUGAUAACUUUUGUGUGCCAGUUGAUAAUAAUUUAUAG